UUUAUUCCAGUGUUAAACCGGUGCAGGAUUACUCUGAUAGUUUCCCCUGUAGGCUGUUCACUCCUGCAUGUGUGCUUUAAUGACACUGUUUACAGACCUGCUGUUUCGUCUGCUUACUUAGUUAACUUUUGCUUUUUCAGUCGUUUGCUUUCUAACUCGAGUCUAAUCGGCACUAUUCGGUUUCACAUCGGGUGAUUAAUCAGCACAGAUCUUUCUGUAGAGACGCUUAUUGAGAAGCAGUGGUGGAGCUCCGGAUCUCUCCUGAUGGAUUUACACGCUGUGUGCUGCUCUCUGCUUCUGCUGUCAUGUACAGGAGUAUGUUUUGGAAAAGAGCUGUUAUUACCUGAGAUAAUAAAUACAGCAGUUGGGGAGAAUGUGGUGAUUACCCCAAUCAGUAUUCCGGAUCGCCCACAUUUGUCGAUCAAUUGGAUUUUUAAUGAGAUCACCAUUCUUUAUGGACCUCCAAGUGGAAUUACAAUAUAUCCGCCAUACACUGACAGAGUCAGUAUGGACCCCACCACUUAUGCUCUGGAGCUCAGGAGCCUGACUGAGAGUGAUAUUGGAACAUAUUCUCUGAUUGUACAAACUCCGACAAAGAUAUUCAAAAGUAAAACCUCACUGCAUGUGUUUGUGCCACCCUCCAAUGUUAUCAUAGUACCAAGUAAAACAGAGCUGGUUGAAUUCAGCAGCACUGUGAGUCUCGUCUGCUCUGCAUCUGGCUCCUUUCUUUCAUUUAUUUGGCUGAAUGGCAGCUCUGAGGUAAGAUCAGGGGAGCGAGUUCAGCUAACAGACAACAACAGCAGUCUGACCAUUACUAGUGGGAUCAGAUAUGACACAGGCCCAUACCAAUGUGAAGCAUCCAGCAUCUACGGCAAAGCAAGGAGUCCUCCAUUGAAGCUCACCAUUUACUAUGGUCCAGAAAAUGUUGCUGUUGAAGCAGAUCCAGUGAGACCCUUCUACAGCUCUGGGUCAAACCUCAUACUGACCUGCUCGGCUGAGUCCAACCCUGCUGCUGAGUUUCAGUGGGCUGUGAAUGGAGCAAAGCUCGGUGAAAUGGGCCAAGAGCUCAGACUGAGCAACAUUCAGAGCAGUCAGAGUGGCAAUUACACCUGCAUCGCCUAUAACAAGCAGAGCCUGCAUUACUCCAAUUCUGAACACAUCAGCGUCACUGUACUAGAAAAAAUAUCUGGAGCAGCACUUACUGGACCAACAGAUGAUCUAAUAGAAGAUGUUUCCUCUGCUACAUUAACCUGUAAGGCAAGUGGAACCAUCUACAGUGCUGAAUGGAUGAAAGAUAAUCAGAAACUGUCAGCUAGCGACAACAUCACAUUCUCGAAUGAUAACAGAUCAGUGAUGAUCAGUCCGGUGAGGAGAAGAGACAGUGGUGAAUACCAGUGUGCACUCAGCAACCCCUUCAGCUCUGACACUGCAACAUACAGAAUGAUUGUAAACUUUGGACCAGAUAAUGUGAUAAUUGAUGGACCACUUGAAGUGGAGGAAGGAAACAAAUUGACACUGUCUUGCCGUUCUGAAUCUACACCAAAUGCCUCGUACAAAUGGAUGUUUAAUGGGACUUUACCUGAAGUGAAUACAGCUGUAUUUACUGUGGAACAGGUCACCUCUAUGCACACUGGAAAUUACACCUGCAUUGCCUCCAAUCCUGUAACCAGAUGUAAUGCCUCUGCAUCCCAUGUUUUGGAAGUAAAAGAAAAAGUCUCUAUGGGUAGAGAUUCACUGUCUGCAGGAUUUAUAGCUGGGAUUGGUUCUGGAGUUUUAUUGGGUGUUGCUGGAAUUGCUGGUUUGAUUUUCUGCUUUAUUAAGCGCAAAGUAAGGAUAGAAAGAACCUCCAGAGGAAAUAAGCAAAAUCGAGCAACACAAACUGAAGAACAGCAUGAGUGGUACUAUCCAGACGUCAGCCAUCUUCAGUACAAUCAAAGGCAGCAAGGAAUAGCAGCCAUGCCAAUGGCCCACGCACCUGCUCAUGUGUCUCAGCAUAAUAAUGACAGCAACAUCUAAUCCUGUCACACAAAUCAUUUAUGCUGAUGUGAGUGAAGCAACAGCAUUAGAUGUGGACCACACUGACCAAGGCUGCCAGUCGACUGCUAAAAAGUAAGCACACAGUUCAGCAAUUCUGCAAGAGACAUUUGUGGAUUUGAUCGACCUGCCAUUGUUGUGGAAGGAAAAAUCAUGAGUCCAAGCUCUUGAAGUAACUGAAUGGUUUCACUGCAGAUUCUGCUUGAGUAGAAGUGGGUAUUGUUGGCUAUUUCAAUGGAACCCUCAGUGUUGGGUCUGAAUUUAGUCCUUAGAUUUUGCAAUGGUUCCCAGCAUAUAACAAUAAAAACCCACUGAUCUCAAAUACUGUACUGUAACUUUCCUUACUAAUAAAAAAUGAUAAUAUUUUUGUUAACAUAUUUUUGUGUUUCAUCUAGGCCUAUGUAAUUUUAUCCAAAAUGUCUGUAUAAAUUUUUUACUUAAAUUUUGACAAUGCUUGGUAGGAAAUCACACAAAUCAGUUUGUAUGAAUGGCAAAGUUUAGGAUCGCAGCUUUCUUUCAACAUUUGUUUGAAAUCCACAGAAUCUCAUUAUAAUUUAAAAAAAUAAAUAAACUCAUCUUCAUCUAUGACCUCUAGAAUGACAAGUGCAUACAAUUUACAUUUUUUGAUGAAUUAUUUAGAUAUUUCUGCUUGUUUGUCUGUGACUAAACAAUCAAUAAAGUU